GGUAGACCUUCUAAGUUCGUUUGACCUUGAAGUACUUUUUGAGUAUACUCUAGAUUACGGGUAAAACACUCAGAAAUGUUUUGUUCCUGUGACGCUUAUUUAAGUUGCUUCUGAGACAGUCGCCCAGAAAUAUAUGUUAUAAAUCUGGUAAUUUAAAAUUAUUGUAUGAUAUAGGCUGUUAUAUGUUAAUAUCCACUGGUGAUAUAUAUUUUAACACUGUGUUUUCGUUAUCCUUUGUACAGAGGAUUGCAUAUUUCUAACUGCGUGAUCUUAGCCAUAAUUUCUAGUUGCAUAAAAGGUAGUUGCUCUUCUAUAUGUAGCUACUGUGCACAACCAUAAAUCUUCGUAAUUGUAUUUUCCUAACUCCGAAAAAUCUGCACAGCCGGUUUGGAUUUGGUGUCACUUCUUUUCAUGAAGUGAGAUAAAUCGGAAAAAUUCGGAUUUCUGCUAACUAAGUGAAAUUUUGGCCUGUGGGAAGCGUAACAAUUUUUUUUGAAUUAUUUAUCAAAGUAUUUUUUAUUUAUGUAACUGUUAUAUAAAGAUUAUUCGGUAAUGCAGCUCAGAUGUGUAGACCUUGAAGAAGUAUUCAUGCCAAAUCUCAUCUCUUUCAGGGAACGUUUCACUUGCACUUGCUGCAUUUAACUAUCAUUUAUUGUGUUUGACCCUCCUGGUUCCCUUACAGGAGUAGCAGUUGGUUGACUGAAUAAUCAUUUCGUUAAUGCAAGUAACUUAAAACUGCCUGUUGUAGGUUUUUGGUGAAUGUGAUAGAAAUGGCGGUUUCUGGCGAGGCGAAACUUCUUGUGAAUUUCACUAUUUUGGCAUUCUCCGUGUUCGUUUCUGUAUAUAUGUCUUAUUUCAUCAGUGACCAGUUUAUCUACUACCGUUGUCUGUCUGAGGAAGGGAUCGAUUAUUGGUCAAUGAAUACAAACGAUUCUUCAGCUGGACGCGAAAGGGCUCAAAAGAAAACAGCUGUUAUUCAGUCUGUUAAAAAUUUUCUUGGCUUAGGCUUUGGAAUUUUGUCUACACUUUUUGUUGGUUAUAUGUCUGAUAAGCGUGGUCGGCGAUUUGCCCUUGGGAUCAUUUUGCUUGGAGAAGCAUUAAAAGUGCUGGCUGUUAGUGUUGUAGUGUUUUUCAAUCUGUCUCCAUGGGUUUUUGUAUUGUGUGAAAUAUUAGAAGGAAUAAUUGGAGGAGGAUUAUUAUCGGUUGCAGCACAGUUAGCCGCCUGUAUUGCAGAUAUAACCCACAGUUCGAAAUGUGUUGCUGUACCGGGUUCAAAUAUUGAUCAGAUGAAAUAUACGAGAAGAAUGAUAAAAAAGCGUUGGCUUUUAUUCACCUUACUUGAUGCCGUAAUCACUUGUGGGAUGGCUUUUGCGAAUGUACUAUCAGGUUUUAUGAUUGUGCAUUAUCGUUUCUAUGCAACUAUGUUAACAUGUAUCAGCUUUUUAAUUCCACUUCCAAUUAAUUUAUGUUGUAUGACUGAGACAAGUGUACAAGCUGUUCAAGUCGGUGUAACUGUUGUUGAAAAUUCAUCAAAUCAACUGUCUGAUAAUAUUUCAAUUAUUACAACAGAAGAUAAUGAACCACAAACAUCACAGGAUAGUUACUCUGUUCAAAAGAAUUCUAAUAAUGGUUGUAGGAAUAAGUUACGCGUCAUAUCAAAUUUACCUGCGACACACUUUAUAUUAUCUAUUAUAAUCUUCUUGUUUUCCAUCUGUGGAGUCACUGAUGUACCGUAUUUAAGUCUUUAUUUGAUGAGUGAACCUUUUCUUUGGAAUACACAAGCGCUCGGUUUAUUCGUGGGUUUAAGAGAUGUAAGCUGUACCUUCGCGUCUGUCUUGUGCGUUACUUUGGUUGUAAGACUUCAGAGGAAUCAGUUUUUGCAACAUAGACUUGAUAUCAAUGAUAAAGAUACACCGGAAUCUGUGUCUGUUUCAUUCAGGAGUAGUACAACUUUUAUGGAUCGUUUAAAGUCUGUGGAUCAGAUUGUUUUGAUUUUGUUGGUAUUUUUUGGAUUGGUCAUUUUCUGCGUUCAUCAAAUCAUUAUGGGCUUAGCGUUUAAAUUCCCAAUGUCAACAGCAAAUAUUGUGAUAUAUCUUGCUACAAUACCAAGAUUUACGAAGGGUCUUCAAAUACCCAUACUACGAACAAUGUUAUCCAAAUGGACAGAAGUUUCUAAACAAGGUUUAAUUAUGUCCAUAAUUGCGGUGAUCGAACGUCUUGGAAUUAUGAUCAGUGCUACAGUCCUCCCAUUGUAUAUGCUUCGACAAUAAGCGCAUUCAAAGGGUCUGUGUUUUUGGUUUGCGCCUGCAUAAGCUUCUUGGGAGCAUUGUUAGCUUUGAUCAUACCACUAUAUGCUCCAAGAGUAUCAGCAUGAAUUGUUGUCGCAGUGGAUACUGUUUUUUCUUCUGUCUAUCAGUUCCAAUCAUCACAGCUGAAUAAUAAUACUAUCUGAAUCAAUUAUUGUAUUGAGGACAAAGUGAAAUAAACCACCACUUAUUAUUAUUAUUUUCUCUCAUAAAUAUCAUUAUCUUUUAAGAAAAAAGACGGAAUCACCUCAUACAUUUUGUUUUCCAAUUUUGAUAAAUUUUCGUUCCCUUAUAUACGUUUAAAUUUUUUUAUUAACAAGACUGAUAGUUGAUUUACACUGUAAAAUAGCUUAUUUCGCUUUACAGGCUGUGCUUUUGUUGUUAUUGCUAUUGUUAUCUUCACAUUUUUGUGAUAAGCUAUAGAAGAAUGUGAUUUUAUUUUCUUCGAACAAAAUACCUAUCAGUGAUCAUAUGAUGUAUUAUGUAGACAGUCAUCUUUUACAACAGGAAUUUUGCUAAUUAAUUAACUGAAAAAGAAACAGUCUAGAUUAUUGAUGAAACACUGUUACCUUAGUAUAUUUUGUUUUCCUCGUUGACAGACAUCAGGGUGACCAGAAGAGCCAUAACAGUGAAAUCUUUGAAAGGAAUGUUCCCCCAAUAUUAUAUAACUAGUAUACAUUGGCCAGUUUAUUCCUUUCAGUUAGGUCUCUCUGUCUGUUUUCGACAUAAAACUUUGCACCGAUGUGCGGCAGUUCAAGUCACCACGCUCCAUGUAACACACAAAGC